AUGGAGAUGUCCAAGCAUCAGAAACAGCUCUUCAAUACGCCAAAGCUGCCCAAAUUUGAGUAUUUCCGAAAAAAUUGUGAGGUCAAAGAAAUAGAAACUGAACUGCAGAAGGACAUCAAGAAGAUCUUCCAAAAAAUAGACAGUAUGAUUCCCAAAAUAAAUUUCUUCCACAUUCACAACACAACCAGUGCACAAAGAAGCAUUUCAGCAUUGAAAAAUCCCCUCCAAAAUUAUUGUGUUGGGGAUCAUUUAAUUGUCCAAGUUGAGACUUUUGAUUUUUUGGACAACAAAAAAUCCUACGGUGGAGAUUUCUUAAUGGCAAGAAUACACUCUCCUGAAAUCAAAGCUAGUGCAUCUGGAAGGAUUGAGGAUUUUGGAAACGGAACUUACCAUAUACAUUUCAAGCUUUUUUGGGAGGGAACAGUAAAAGUGUCCAUACUUCUAAUCCAUCCCAGUGAAGGAGUCUCAGCUCUAUGGAGAGCAAGAAAUAAAGGUUAUGGCUACGCUGCCUAUACUGGUUAUUUCAACUUUGGAGGGAAAGAAGCAAAGACAAAAUGUGGUUUUGACUUAAACAAAACUGAAGAAUUGUGUGAGUUUUCAGACCCCAAAGAAGAAGAGUAUUUUUAUUGUGUCAAACCGGCAAACAUGCCGUGUGGAUCUCUGACUAGCAUGUCAAGUCCUUUCGUAGAUUCACACUCCUAUCUGAGUGACAUGGAAAAAAAACUGUUUAACAGCUCAAAUAUUCGUGUUCAAAUCCCCAACAGCUUUGGCGUCCUUUCUGUCUCCAGCUGUGGUGGUAACAGCCAGCAACUAGAGCGGAAAUGCACACCAGGAAGGAAAUAUCAGUUUCCCGGUGGAUACUUUUAUCAGAACAUGUGGUAUCAUCUUUCGUGCAAUAUAUCACGUUAUCGCAGCAUGGUGAAUAUUAAUAAAUGCAUUAAAGGCAGGAUGUUAUAUCUCAUAGGAGAUUCCACCAUGCUACAGUGGAUGAAGUAUAUCACAAGCACUGCCACAAAUUUAAAACCAUUGGACCUCCAUGGAACUCACUGGUGUAAGACUCUUCUUUCAGUGGACACUGAGCAAAACAUUAAAAUACAGUGGAGGAAACAUGCCAACCCAUUUAUUUUUCUAGGUUUUCAUAGUUUUAAAGAAGAAUUCACAAUUUCACAUCAGAUUGAUAAGAUUGGGGGAGAUAGCUACACUGUGAUUGCAUUUACCCUUGGAAUGCACUUCCGACUUUUCCCUAUUGAACAUUUCAUCCGCAGGGCAAUCAAUAUCCGACAGGCCACUGAAAGACUGCUCCUGCGCAGCCCUGACACCAAAGUCAUCAUUAAAACUGAGAAUACCAGUGCUAUGAGUGAAAGAGUAGAAAUGCUCAGUGAUUUCCAUGGCUACUUACAGUAUAUGAUACUCAAUUACCUUUUCAAAGACUUAAAUGUUGCAAUUGUGGAUGCUUGGGACAUGACAAUUGCGUUUGCCAGUAAUAAUAUACAUCCUCCAGAGGAAGUCAUAGCAAAUGAAAUAGAUUUGUUUUUAAGCUAUAUAUGUUGA